AUGGUCAUCGGAGGAAAAGGCGGCUUUAAUCACGAGCGCAUGAUUGCUGCGAUCCACGCCGCGCGGAGGCGCAAGCGCGAGGCCGCUGAGAAGGCCGCCACAGCAAGGACGUCAGCUGUGGGCUCGGACGUCGACUGCUCGGACGCCGAGAGCGUUACUCUUGAGGAGAGCACCCACAGCACGGCAAGAUCUGUCCCCGCCGACUCGAACACCAAGCUGAGGUGGGAGGAAAUCUCCCUCCCGCCGCCUCGGUCGAUCUGCUUCUGCCUCCCGCGCCAGCUCGACGUCUUCCGCUUCUACAUUAGCCAGCCCGUCCAGAUUCUGACCGCCGUCCUGAUCAUCUCCAACUUCCUGUUCAACUGCGCAGAGAAGGAGUGGGACCCGUAUACCGAGCAGUUGCGGCCGGCGCUCUGGAAGUGGAGCGAGUUCACCUUCAACACGCUCUUCCUCGUCGAGUUACUGGUCAACUUCUAUGGGCUCGCCUUUGCCUUCUGGCGCCACAACUGCGGCUGGAACUGUUUCGACCUCCUCGUCGUCUCCAUCGGCUGCGUCGGCAUGGCAGAGGCCAUCGGCGGCGCCUUUAUGCCGCCGCAGCUCGCGCUCGUCCGCAACCUUCGGGCCUUUCGCAUCUUUCGCCUCUUCAAGCGCGUCAAGUCGCUCAACAAGAUCUUCUCCUCACUCGGCAAGGCGAUCCCCGGCGUCUUCAACGCAUUUCUGAUCACGAUCAUCGUGAUGUGCAUCUACGCGAUUCUCGGCGUCGACUUCUUCCACCUCACCGGCGAUGACGGCGGCAUCACGACGUACAACGAGAAUGUGCGGCGCGGGCUCUGCAAUGAGACCGAGGACGGCCGCACGGUGUACGUGGACGAUGGCAACGACUAUCUCGCCGGCGCGGACUGCUCCCUCACCCAGACCUUCUCCUCCGAGACGGCGCGUGGCUUCACGUACGGGGAAGAGUACUACGGCACCUUCUUCCGCGCGCUGUACACACUCUUCCAGGUGCUGACCGGCGAGUCGUGGUCCGAGGCGGUCGCGCGGCCCGCCAUCUUUAGCGGCGACACAGGCGUCGGGCCGGCCCUCUUCUACGUCUCCUUCAUCAUCGUCUGCCAGAUCGUCCUCAUCAACGUCGUCGUCGCGGUGCUGCUCGACAAGAUGGUGGAGGAGGAGGACGCGCCCGACCCGGAGGAGAUGAGCGUGAUUGAGAAGCUGCACCAGAUGCUCGCGCAGGAGUACGGCCAGCUGCAGGCGCUCUUCCGCAGCUGGGACGACGACGGCUCCGGCACCGUCUCGAGGCGCGAGUGGUGCAAGGCGAUCCAGAGCCUGGGCUACCGCGGCCCGCGAAGCGUGCUGCACCAGAUCUUCGACUCGAUGGACCGCGACAAGUCGGGCGAGCUCGACUUCGCUGAGAUCGACAAGAUUCUCAACCCGAAGCAGGCGCGCAAGUCGAGCCUCGGCCAGCCGCAGCCGAAGCGCUCGGUCAAGGAUGAGGUGACGCUGCUGCGGGACGACGUGGCGCGGCUCACGAUGCUCGUCGAGGAGAUGUGCGCGAAGCGGAAGAGCAGCGGCGAGUUCCUCUCUCCGCGCGAGCCGACGGAGCCCCCGCCCGCCGGCACGAUCCCGCUCGCGCGGCUGCAGGACGCGGCGGAGCUGCCCGACUCUCCCGCCGAGAGCGAGAGCGGGUCGCGCCGCCGUCGCGUCUUUGCCUAG